GCUGAUGUUACUACAACAGCUGAAGGUACAACAACUGCUGAUGUAACUACAACAGCUGAAGCUACCACCACCGCUGAUGUAGCUGAGUCUACAACAACUGCCGAUGUAACUACAACAGCUGAGGCUACCGUAAUCACAACAACUGAAGUUACAACAACUGCUGAUGUAACAACUACGGCUGAAGCUACAACAGCUGCAGAUGUAACAACAACACCUGACGCUAAAACAACUGCUGAAGUUACCACAACUGCUGAAGUUACCACAACUGCUGAUGUAACAACUACAGCUGAACCUACAACAAUUGCUGAUGUAACUACUACGACUGAAGCUACAACAACUGCAGAUGUAAGAACAACAACAGCUGAGCCUACCACAACAGCUGAAGCUACAUUAACUGCUGAUGUAACUACUACGGCUGAAGUUGCAACAACUGCAGAUAUAACAACAGCUGAAGCUACCACAAUUGCUGAUUUAACUAUCACAACUGAAAGUACCAAAACUGCUGAUGUAAACACAUCAAAGAAAGCUACAACAACUGCUGAGGUAAUCACAAAAGCUGAAGUCACAUUAACUGUAGAUGUAACAACAACAGCUGAAGCUACCACAACUGCUGAUGUAACUACAUCAGCUGACUCUACAACAACUGCUGAUGUAAAUACAACAGCUGAGACUACAACAACUGUUGCAGAAACUACCACAGCUGAUGCUGAAGCUACAACAACUGUUGAUGCAACUACUACGGCUGGACCAACAACAGCAGAGGAAACAACAACAGCUGUUGAGACAACUGCUGCUGUGGUAACCACUGGAGUGGAGACAACACCCGGUGAAGUAACAACUUUGGAGGGUACCACUACAGCUGGACUAACCACUGCUGCUCAAACAUCACCUGUUGAAUCAACUGCUUCUGUGGUCACCACUGAUGUGAAGACAACAUCCUCUGAAGUAACAACUGUGGACAUUACCACUACAGCUGGACCAACAACUGCAGCUGACCAAACAUCAGCUAUUGAAACAAUCACUGCUGGUGUGACCACUGCAGUUCAAGCAACAUCUGAUGUUGAAACCUGGAUGGAGACAACUCCGGCUAAACCAGCGGAAGCUACAACCACUAUUGAUGCUACCUCAGCUUUAGUUGUAACUACAGCCGCUGAUAAAAUUACACUCUUACAAACCACCACUUCUGGGGUUUCAACUGCUAGAGCUGAAAACAGCACAUAUUAUGUUGGUGUCACUACAUUCGAAGGAGUAACUACAGCUACUGUAACAAGCAUUUCGACGACAAUGGGUACUGGUGAAGGUACAGUUUCUGCUCAGACAUCAUCUUUUGUCACAACCGGCAUCACCAAUGUUAUGACAUCUGACUCCACAACAUCUGAUCAAGCAAAAGAACUUAUCACAACUCCGUCUAGUACUACAACACUUGAGGUAACUGUAGCUAAGACCAUAAUGCCUGAGGAAACUACGACCCAUUCACAGGAGACAACUGUCAUGAGCACAACAGCAGAAGAAACUACAAUGUCAGGAGUAACAACCCCGAUGACAUACACAUCUGCUACGAUACUCACACCUGUGGUGAUAACCACCACAUCUCCUGACCUUAGAGAGUUGUUGAUAGCGGUCCAUUGA